UAUCUUUGCAUCCAUCUGUCGAGUGACGUGGAUAGUGGAUGUUGGAGUGCGUGUGGUGGUGGGAAGCUUCGUGUUUUUAUGUGUAGUGUUUCAUGAGGCGUGUGUUUGUUGCAGAGUGAUUGGUUGCCAAAUAAACUCAAGUAUUUAUACAGUACAUUCAUUCCAAACUAGAGUAUCAAAAUGACCACAUAUGAGGAGUUCAUUCAACAAAAUGAAGAUCGUGACGGCGUGCGAUUUACAUGGAAUGUUUGGCCUUCAAGUCGACUUGAGGCAACUCGUUUGGUAGUACCACUGGGAUGUUUGUAUCAACCAUUGAAAGAAAGACCAGAUCUUCCGCCAAUUCAAUAUGAUCCUGUUUUAUGUACAAGGAAUACAUGCAGGGCAAUUUUGAAUCCUCUGUGUCAAGUUGAUUAUCGAGCAAAACUGUGGGUCUGCAACUUCUGUUUUCAGCGAAAUCCGUUUCCACCACAAUAUUCUGGAAUAUCAGAGCAACAGCAGCCUGCUGAACUUAUUCCAAUGUUUUCAACUAUAGAAUACACUAUCACGAGAGCACAGUGUCUCCCACCAAUUUUCCUGUUGGUUGUGGACACGUGUGUAGAUGAUGAAGAACUUGGAGCAUUGAAAGAUUCACUACAGAUGUCACUGAGCUUACUGCCACCAAAUGCACUCAUCGGUCUCAUCACAUUUGGAAAGAUGGUGCAGGUGCAUGAACUCGGAUGUGAAGGUUGUUCAAAAAGUUACGUUUUCAGAGGCACUAAAGAUCUGUCAGCAAAACAAAUACAAGACAUGUUGGGUAUUGGGAGGUUUGCAAAUGCACCACAACAACCACCGCAACAACCACGUGGCCCAAGUGGUCAACCAUUGCCUCCUGCUAACAGAUUUCUGCAACCUGUUCACAAGUGUGAUGUCAGCCUGACAGAUAUGUUGGGUGAGCUUCAGCGUGAUCCAUGGCCAGUUCCGCAAGGAAAACGGUCACUCCGAUCAACUGGUGUUGCCUUGUCUGUGGCAGUUGGUCUUCUGGAGGUGUCUCUUGGGUUGACUACUGAUCUUAAACAGGGCGUGAAACGGUGCACUUACCCAAACACGGGAGGGAGGAUAAUGCUUUUUGUUGGUGGACCUUGCUCCCAAGGUCCUGGUCAAGUUGUGAAUGAUGAUCUUCGGCAACCUAUUAGGUCUCAUCACGAUAUCCAGAAGGAUAAUGCAAAAUAUAUGAAAAAGGCAAUCAAACAUUAUGAAGGGCUUGCUGGUCGAGCGGCAAUAAAUGGGCAUGCAAUUGAUAUUUAUUCUUGUGCUCUGGACCAAACUGGUUUAUUAGAAAUGAAACAGUGUUGCAAUUCCACAGGAGGCCACAUGGUAAUGGGAGACUCAUUCAACUCAUCACUUUUCAAGCAAACAUUUCAAAGAGUUUUUGCGAAAGAUCAGAAAGGUGAAUUUAAAAUGGCUUUCAAUGGUACCCUGGAAAUCAAAACUUCUCGUGAACUGAAAGUUUCUGGUGCCAUUGGACCAUGUGUGUCUUUGAACAUGAAAAGUCCUAGUGUAUCAGACACAGAGAUUGGAUUGGGUGGUACUUGUCAGUGGAAAUUUUGUACAUUCAAUCCAAAUACAGCUGUUGCACUGUUCUAUGAAGUAGUUAAUCAGCAUGCAGCCCCCAUUCCUCAGGGAGGUAGAGGAUGUAUACAGAUGAUAACUCAGUACCAACAUUCAAGUGGACAGCGAAGGAUUAGAGUGACGACAAUAGCCAGGAACUGGGCAGAUGCUACAGCCAAUUUGCACCACAUAAGUGCUGGAUUUGAUCAGGAAGCAGCAGCAGUUUUGAUGGCAAGAAUGGUAGUUUUCAGAGCAGAGACUGAUGAUGGCCCUGAUAUGCUGCGCUGGAUAGACCGGAUGCUCAUUAGAUUAUGCCAGAAAUUUGGAGAAUAUGCAAAAGAUGAUCCAAAUAGUUUCCGACUUUCCGAAAAUUUUACUCUUUAUCCACAAUUUAUGUUUCACUUAAGACGUUCACAUUUCCUUCAAGUUUUCAACAAUAGUCCUGAUGAAACUACAUUUUACAGGCAUAUGCUAAUGAGAGAAGAUUUAACACAAUCCCUUAUCAUGAUACAACCUAUUCUGUACAGCUAUAGCUUUAAUGGGCCUCCAGAGCCAGUGCUUCUAGAUACAAGCAGUAUACAGCCAGACAGAAUCCUGCUGAUGGACACAUUUUUUCAGAUACUGAUCUUCCAUGGGGAGACAAUUGCACAAUGGCGGGCUCAGCGCUACCAAGACAUGCCGGAAUAUGAAAAUUUCCGACAACUUCUGCAGGCACCUGUUGAUGAUGCUCAAGAGAUAUUACAGACACGUUUCCCAAUGCCCCGGUACAUUGAUACAGAGCAAGGUGGAUCACAGGCAAGAUUUCUUCUAUCAAAAGUAAAUCCCUCGCAGACCCACAACAACAUGUAUGCAUAUGGUGGGCAGGCGACGCAGAUCCCAAAUGCGGAAAGUGGUGCUCCAGUUCUCACUGAUGAUGUCAGCCUGCAGUUAUUUAUGGAACACUUGAAGAAGCUAGCUGUGUCCUCUUCUUAACAACAGCUAGCAUCAUAACUCUAUUGUGUUCCAGAUAUGGACUAAUUCAUAAAUGUUUACAUUAUUUGUUGCUGUAAUACCGCUAAAGAUAUUUAGUGGUGUACUUUUUGUAAUAUACAUAUAAUGAGCAUUGGGUACAUCAAAUCAUAUACAUAUUCCAAGAAAUUUGUCAAUUAUUGUAAAUAAUUUUUGCCCAUAAAAUAAAUAGCUAGAUUUUUAUUGUAUUGUAGGUGCUUU